UUGAGUUGAAUUGUAGAGUGACGUUUCAUUUCUGAUUUCCCUCCUUAAACUUCGUCCUCUACACCAAACUCUAAUACAACCACUCUUCCGCCAUGUUCCGCUUCCCCUCCGUCCUUCUCUCCCGCCGUCACUGCCGCCGAAAACUAUCCACCACCACCACCUCGCAACCACUCGAGCUCCCUCUAUCCCACCCUAUCUACCUCAUUUGGGGCUCCAACACCGGCGUCGGCAAAACCCUAGUCUCCGCCGGCAUCGCCGCCUCCUCCCUCCUCUCUUCCCCCUCCCCCGUCAAAUUCCACUACCUCAAGCCCCUCCAAACCGGCUUCCCUUCCGACUCCGACUCCCGCUUCGUCUUCAACAAGCUCUUCCACCUCCGCAACCGCACCACCCCCCGCAUUGCUCUCUCCGCCUCUCUCCGCGUCCUCAAUGCCUCCCGCGCCGCUGCGACGGAGAAUGACCAGACUUCUUUUUCAGCUGACGGAGAACGUUCCGCCUCCUCGGAGCUGGUUUGCAAGACGCUGUACGCGUGGGAGGAGGCCGUGUCGCCGCAUUUGGCCGCCGAGAGGGAAGGUUUCGUCGUCAAGGACUCGGUGGUGCUGGAAACGUUGCGGAGGUGCUUUCGAGACGUGGUAGAAAGUGGCGUAGGGAAGGAGAGGUCGGAAGUUAUGUGUAUUGUGGAGACCGCUGGUGGAGUUGCUAGCCCAGGUCCUUCUGGGUCACUUCAAUGUGACUUGUAUAGGCCGUUUCGUAUUCCUGCAAUUCUUGUUGGAGAUGGGCGGCUGGGAGGAAUUUCGGGAACAAUAUCAGCGUACGAGACCUUGACGCUUCGGGGUUAUGAUGUUGCUGCUGUUAUUUUUGAAGAUCACGGCCUUCUCAAUGAGGGUCCCCUAUUGUCUUAUAUGCGAAACAAGGUUCCUGUUCUAGUGCUACCACCUGUUCCAAAAGAUCCAUCAAAUGACUUAAUGGAAUGGUUUGAUGGUUCCCAUGGUGUAUUUAAUAAUUUAAAGGAAAUAAUGCUAUCUGCUUAUUUUGAGAGAAUUAAAAAAUUGCAUGACAUGCCAAGAAAAGCAAGGGAUAUCAUCUGGUGGCCUUUCACACAACACAAACUUGUACCUGAUGGAGGGGUCACAGUAAUUGAUUCACGCUGUGGUGAGAACUUUGCAGUCUUCAAGGCUCAGAAGACAGAAGUCAUAGCACCAUUAUUUGAUGCAUGUGCAAGUUGGUGGACUCAAGGACCUGAUGCUAUUUUGCAGGCUGAGCUUGCUAGGGAGAUGGGAUAUACUGCUGCACGAUUUGGGCAUGUAAUGUUCCCAGAGAAUGUUCAUGAACCAGCCUUAAAUUGUGCUGAGCUUUUGCUUCAAGGCGUGGGGAAAGGUUGGGCUUCUCGUGCAUAUUUUUCAGACAAUGGAUCUACAGCAAUUGAAAUUGCUCUCAAGAUGGCAUUUCGUAAAUUUUCUGUUGAUCAUGGACUCAUUCAGGAUUCUGAUGAGGAUACCAUAACUGAAAGAUCUCCUGAGCUAAUGGUCCUCGCUCUUCAGAGAUCUUAUCAUGGUGACACAUUAGGUGCUAUGGAAGCACAGGCACCAUCAUCUUAUACAGGCUUCCUGCAGCAACCAUGGUACACUGGAAGAGGUCUUUUUCUGGACCCUCCUUCUGUCUCUAUGCAGAACAAUGCAUGGAAUAUUUCCUUACCUAAAGGAUUUCAAUUGGAGAAUCUGAAACUUGAAAAUCUCACUUUUGCUUCUCGUGAUGAAAUAUUUUGCAAGGGCAGGGACAAGUCUGAGCUUGCUACAGUUUAUUCAUCUUACAUAUCUAAAGUGUUAUCUGGAUUUAGUGGGUCGAAUACUAUUGGAGCAUUGAUUAUGGAGCCAGUUAUACAAGGUUCUGGUGGAAUGCAUAUGGUUGAUCCACUUUUUCAGCGUGUACUUGUUAAUGAGUGUCGGAGUAGGAAAGUUCCAGUUAUCUUUGAUGAGGUUUUUACUGGUUUUUGGCGUUUGGGAGUAGAGACUGCAGUGGAGCUAAUCCAUUGUGUACCAGAUAUAGCCUGCUUUGGGAAACUAAUGACUGGUGGGAUUAUACCACUGGCAGCCACCUUGGCAACAAAUGAUGUUUUUGAUUCAUUUAUUGGAGACUCGAAGCUCAAAGCCCUUUUACAUGGCCAUUCUUACUCUGCACAUGCUAUGGGCUGCAUGGCUGCUGUUAAAUCAAUCCAAUGGUUUAAGGACCCUUGUUCCAACACUAACAUCACUUCUGAAGGAAGAUUACUUCGGGAGUUAUGGGAUGAUAAAAUGGUUCAUCAGAUUUCGUCACACCCUGUAGUUCAAAGAGUAGUUACAUUAGGGACUCUUUUUGCCUUGGAAUUAAAAGCAGAAGGCGAUAAUGCUGGGUAUGGAUCAUUGUUUGCAAGACCAAUUCUUCAGAAACUUCGGGAAGAUGGUGUAUACAUGAGGCCUCUUGGUAACGUUAUUUAUCUCUUGAGUGGACCCUGUACAUCUCCAGAAACUUGCAAUGAACUACUCGUUAAACUCUAUUACAGGCUUAAAGAGUUUAGUGGAUGAGGAGUGUAAUCUUUUAUUAAUUGAGAAUCCUGUAGAUUACCAAGUGGGACUAGUGUAAUCUUUCAGCUACUGAUUGAAGCUUAGUUUUUAUUUUCUAGGGUUGAGGAGAGUGAAAAUCUAAGCUCGAGUUUAGUUUAAUCAUUGUUUUAAUUUUCAGUUGAUAUUUUUCUGUAGAUCAUCAUAAAUGUGCUGUUUUAUUUUUAUAA